AUGAGUCGGAAGCCUCAACCUACCUCCAGACAAAAGGGGAUCACUAUGGAGGAUUUGAAGAGGCAAACCGCAAUUCGGUUGGCUCAAGAACAAAAACAACAUGGGAGGGGAAACGAAGAAACCAUACUAAUGCCACAACCGCAACCGCCACAGCAACCACCACCACCCCCAAGUCUUGUGCAAAAUCAGGGAUAUCCUCACAAUCGAGUUCCACAACAGGGGGAAACCCAUCGGGACCAAUACACGGGACGGGAAGUUCCACCACAACAUCGCCCACAAUACGUACCACCACCACCACAGUCCUUUCCACAAAAUCAAUACAAUCCUCACUAUCAUCAUCAAAGCCAAAGCUAUCCAAACUCACAAUAUCGACCUACUGGAGGUUAUUAUGAUGACAGGGGAAAUGCUGGAAUGCACAAUAUGCGACACCAAAAUAUCCAUCAAGGACGUGAAAUGAUGAACAAUACUGCCUACGGUGGUGGAGCGAAUCGAUUUCCCCGGAAUCAACCGGACGCUUUCAAUCCCAACAAGCUCACUCACGGUCUUACUGUCCAAGAGUUGAAGCAAAUGACCCAGGCUCGACUGCAAGCAGAAGCUGCGGAAAACGUCGAUAAUGAUCGUCUAUCUCCGCUGGAUUUUGACUCUUCCUUGCAAGAUCCACCACGAGAACGGACUGAAUCCACCAAUUCCAUUCCAUCUCUGGUCCAAGUGGGUCAAGGAAGCAAUGGACGCCAAGUCCAAGGAUCUCCAGGCUCGAGACAAAACUUCAACCAAGAAUAUGGUUUGUUGCCACCACAACCACAACACUCUUGGGAUGGCAAUGUGCCACAACAGCAUAAAAUGGAUUCCCUGGAUAAUGCCAGCACUAAUUCUUUCAACAACAGUGUCAUUUCCGAUAACCUUGGAUCCGAGUCUGCCUUUUCAGGCGGAAUAGGUGUGUUGUCUCAAUCCGACAGUGACUUUUCCACGGGUCAAUUCAAUCGUUAUGCGAAAGAGAACAAUGGAAGGUCUGGAAUGGUUACAGCUGCAGUUUCGCCGGCUACUGCCAAACAAAGCAUGUUUAUGUUUGAUGCGGCAGUGGGUGGAAACAGGCGCCGUGCUGCAACUCUGUCCCCCAACCCAGGAUCCAUCUUGGAAGACCGACCUCAUUUUGAUCAAGAUGUUGCCAUUCCACUUUUUGAUGGACAAGACUUGGCCAUCCCCAGCUUUGCUUCGGCUGGUGGUGCCUCGCUUUUAGCAGCCAGAUCUCGAGCCAAUAGUUCUUCGGCUGUCCUGCCUUCGGAUCAUGUUGCUGGUGAUGAUUCUCUCUUUGGGCUAGCAGAUAGUGGCGUGUUUGGCUUUGAUGAUACUCCGAACCGUGCCAGAACGGAAUCUGCAGUGUCGCUGCCACCCAUGUCACAUACUGGCGAUGAGUUCGGGAUGGACAGUAUCUUGAGCCAACAAAUGGUAUCGCAAGGCCGAGAAGGUCCUGCGGUUGGCCACAACUCGGCCAGCAGCUUUGGAGACAAUCGGCGACUACGAGCACCACCAGGCUUUUCCGAUGGCUUUGGAUUUGCUGCCGCUGGUCGCUCGAAUUCGAAUCGAAGCACAUUUACCUCUUCGGCAGUAAAUGAGCUCGCGGAGGAUAUGGGUUCGCUCUUUCACUUUGCUGAAGGUAGCAACAAUAGAGAACGUUUGAACACCUAUCCUCAGAGUGCCAAGCAAACUCCCGAGUACAUCUCCGAAGAGUUCUUUUCCAAGGAUUUUGGAACUUUCCAAUAUUAA